GCUCCGACGAGGGGGAACGCUCCUGUGAGAGCGUUUGCGGUAGCGGAACGUUGCCGUCCUGAUGAGUCGAGAGACACUGAGCGCACCAAAGGCUAGAGGAGGAAGGCAGAAACGUGUUUUAACGGAGUAACAACUUAAUGCUUUGGUACCUUUUAUCCCUGUAGUGUAGUUUACUAAAUUUUGCAAAGGAAAUCGAAUUCAGUCCAUACUAAGAAUGGAGUCCCAGCCCCUGCUGAGAGGGUGUAGUGUACGUAGCAAGCUCCCCAGCUGGACCUUGUUUCUGGCUGUUUGUGCUGUUGGAAUUGGAGGAACCUUUCAGUAUGGGUAUAAUGUUUCCAUCAUCAAUGCCCCCACCCAGCAUAUACACAGGUUCUUAAAUGAAACCUGGACUAAUCGUUAUCACAAGGCACUAAAUCCAGAUCUGCUGACUUUUCUUUGGUCUGUCAUCGCUUCUGUGUUUUCACUUGGGGGCCUGUUUGGAGCCCUUGUUGGAGGCAGCAUGGCAAUUUGGCUGGGCAGGAAAGGAGCUCUUUUGAUGAAUAAUAUUAUAGCAAUACUGGCCUCCAUUUUAAUGGGGAUCAGUUUUCCUACAGGAUUGUUUGAGUUGCUGAUUGUUGGAAGGUUUUUGAUUGGCAUAAAUUCAGGCGUUGGGAUCUGUGUGCAGCCGCUGUAUCUUGGGGAGGUUGCCCCAAAACAUCUUAGAGGUGGCAUGGCCAUGGGGAGUUCCAUCUUUCUGACUGGGGGGAUUCUUAUGGGACAAAUAAUUGGUUUGAGGGAAUUAUUAGGUGAAGAAAUGUAUUGGCCUCUGUUGCUAUCCAGCAGCUGUUUACCAGCAUUUGCCCAACUUCUAUUCCUGCCAUGGUUUCCUGAAAGCCCCAGAUAUCUUCUUAUCGACAGGGGUGAUGAGCUGAGCUGUGUCAAAGCUUUGAAGCGAUUUCAUGGUUCUUCAGAGUAUGGAAGGGAGAUGGAAGACAUACAGCAGGAAAGCUUUGCCUUGGAGGGGGAGAAGGCCAAGAAGCCCUGGCAGUUAUUCACUGACCGUGCUGUAAGAUGGCAGCUUAUUACUGUCAUUGUGAUGACUAUGGGCCAGCAGCUCAGUGGGAUAAAUGCUAUUUAUUUCUAUGCAACUUACAUUUUUGAACAAGCUGGGAUCUCAGCAGAACAAAUCCCAUAUGUGACGCUUGGCACUGGAGCUUGUGAAUGCCUCACAGCCCUCACAUGUGGUUUACUGAUUGACUAUGUGGGAAGAAGGUAUCUCAUCAUUGGGGGUUAUCUCCUUAUGACCCUUUGGAGCAUUGUUUUAACGUUCUCCCUGACUUACCAGGAACUGUACCUGUGGGUGCCUUAUGUGAGCAUGACAUCGAUCUUUGCCUUCAUCUUGAGUUUUGGGUUGGGGCCAGGUGGCAUAACAAAUACCCUGAUAGCUGAACUGUUCAUACAGUCAUCACGUCCUGCUGCUUACAUGAUAGGAGGGACCGUCAGUUGGAUUAGUUUCUUUACCAUUGGGAUGCUCUUCCCCUUCAUAGUGAACAGACUGAAGCAGUAUUGCUUCCUGGUGUUCCUACUGGAGUGCUCCUCCGUGGCUGCUUUCCUCUUCUUUGUAAUUCCCGAGACAAAAAACAAAUCUUUUCUGGCAAUCAAAAAGGAAUUUCACAAGCUUAAUUUUGGAAGAAAUAAAAAGGAAAUGGAGCUUUAUGAAAGAAGACAGCUCCAUGAUGGGUUUUAAAAUCUCCCCCUUCUGUGGGAUUUCACUGCUGCAGAACUUCCAUGACUAUUAUGAAUAGCAUCUUCUAAACUAGCUGUGCAGUGUCAUGAACAAGCAGUUUAUUCACGCCUCCUGUGUAUUUAGAGGACACUUAAUAAAAGGCAACUUAAAUAACUUCUUUGAAAGACUUAAGGACAUUCCUAACCUAGUCCCACCACUGUAUCUGUACAAAGGCAGACCAGCACCUGUCUGAAUUACUGCUAUUUGUAACACAUUUUAUUACAAAGACUUCUUUCCUAAAAAGGUACAAAUAAAACAGAUUCUGGGGUUUGA